GCAUGGGGAUCGGAUCUUGAAAGGUCAUUAACCGGAUCUUCAUAUGAGUCGCUUACGCGCCGUCGCGGCGCUGGCCAUGGCCUUCACGGCGUUAAUGACGGUGGCCAUCGCGUUUUCUAUCGCGCGAGCCAACCGCGUGUACGUAGGCGGGUUGGCCUGGCCGUUCCUCUCGGACUUGGGGCGUGAUCCGCCCGGCUCGUACGUACUCUUCUUGGGCCUCAACAUCGUGGCCGUGCUGCUUGGACUCACGUGGAGCUUCAAUCACGAGUACAAGCAGCGAUACCUGCAGCAGAGCCUGGAGAACGGCCAGAUCUCGCGCGGCCUGAACUCGCUGUCGUUCGUGAGCUGCAUCUUCGGCGUCGUGGGCGCCUUCGGGCUCCCCGUGUUCGCUUCCUUUAACGCCUCGCCGGCACUGCACUAUAACUCUGCCUUCGGGUUUCUCCUCUGCGAGACAGUGGCCAUGUUUACUAAUACAUACUUGAACUAUCGGAUCUUCCUAGUGAAGCGCGCUGAGAUGGACGCCGGCGUAUUCAUCACAGACCGGUAUGGCCCGCGCAGCGUCUCUCGGAUCAAACUGGGCGAGCUGCAAGCUGUCAAGCGUGGUUUCCUCAUCGAGCUGUCGUGUGUGGCUCUCUACUCCAUGUGCGUGCUGGUGUAUCUGCCUGUGCUGUACAAUGGUGUCAAGGCUCCGCAUCUCACUAUAAAAGAGUGUGUUGCUCUGAAGCUCGGGGAGAAUUACUGCAGCUCGACCAUGCGGCUCGACGAUGUGUACACCAAGCUCUGGGAUUAUGAGAAAGAUAUCGCAGUGCACCAGGUGCGUGCACUGGCGCAGCUCGGUUGCAUGCUGACGCUCGUAGGGUACACGCUGAGCUUCUUCGCCGACAACAAGGAGGAAGAGAUCAUGAAGGACAAGGACCGCACGGAAGCCACCAUUAUCUACUACCAGCACAGCGCGUCCAUCCGUAAUCCACGGAAACCCAGCCGAACCAGUACGCAGCGGAGCAGGUCCACGUCCAGCUCCGUCAGUGAGCCGUCCAAUCGCCGUGCGCCACUACUAUACAGCUCUGAAACUCCGCGCCUUCUCCCAUUCCCUGGUAUCAUGGCGUUCCCGUACCCGGUGAACACGCGCGUGACAGCACGUCAUGUCGACAAGAUCCAACUCGAACGUCGACGGCAGGAGGUGGAGCACAACGCACUGCACAAAUUCGCACAGGGCAACCAGUUGCAAACGCUUCAGAACCAGUCGGACGCCAAUGUGGCAUCCCGUCGCCGCAUGAAUCACGCGGCUCAGUUGUCGGCCGAACGAAUGUUGGAAGAGUCUCACGCUCGGAAGAUCAGCGAGCGGCAACGCUCCGCACGGGAGCGUCAGCAGAACGAGGCGCUGGCCAAUGCACUCGAAACCAGCAAAAAAGCCCAGGAACAGAAGGAGCGAGACGUGCAGCGGAUCUGUGAAGCCAGCGAGGAACUGCGCCAACUCGAGUCGUUCCUCCGGACGGCCUACAUGAACAAGGAGCGGGCCACGCAACAGCUCGAGCGUGAAACGUUGGCCACUCAGGAUCGUCAACGUGAAGCUGCGAUCGAUCAGCAAAUGGAAUACGACCGUCAACGCGCGCUCGUGGACAUGCAGAACCAGGAGCUGAGGAAACGUGUCGAGGCCGAACAGGGCAAACAGGUGCUGCAGUCUCAAAUGCUGCAGCGACAAGAGCUCCGUCGUGAAGCGCAGCUUGAAGCGGACUUCGAACGGCUCAAGAUUGAGAAGCUGAUGCAACAGGUGGAAGAGGAAGAUGCCGCGGAGCUGGCGCGCAGAGAAAAAGCUCGCGAACAGACCCGCGAGAUGAUCGAGCAAACGCAUCGAGAGCGCGACAGAGCGAGGCAGGAACAGCUUGAUGCUAUUCGACGGGAGGACGAGGCCAUCGCAGAGUACCAGCGACGGGUGCAGGCGCGCGAGGCGGACAUCAAGGCCGCCUCGGAUGUCAAGAAGGCGCACGAGGACGCCAUGUUCCGUGCCGUCGAGGCCGAGAUCCAGGCCAAAAUGCGCGAGGAAGAAGAGAUCGAACGUCUGCGCGACGAGCUGUGGGAGGAGGAACUGCUGCAGAAGAAGCGCGCGCAGGAGGAGGAGAGGAUCGCCGCCAAGCAGCAGGCCAAGGAGGACAUGAUGCGCAGCAACGAGAUGCAGAUGCAGCUCAAACAGGAGCUGCUGGCCCGCCAACGCGCUGACGAAGAUGCCUUCAACGAGAUGCUCAGGGAGCGGUUCCGGUCCGAGGAACGCCGCGAGAUGGAGCUGGCCGCUUUCCGCCGGAAGCAGCGCGAGCAGUUCGUGGAGGAGAUCGCACGACACCGCGCACUCAAGCAGGAGAUGGUAUACGCCGAGCUGCAGCGCGAACGUCGUGAGCGGGAGCGCCAGGAACAGGACGAGAACUACCGACGCCAGGUGGUGGAGGCUGCCAAACAGCGACUUCUGCGCGAGCACGCCGACGUGUUGCAAGGGUAUCUGCCGCGAGCUCUGCGACCAUCGUCCUCGUCGUCUUCCAAUGGCUCGAUCUUCCGUUGAUCCGUUGAUUCUAAUAGCAUGCAAAUCUUUAUUCACUGAGUUAUACCUUUUGAGAUCUUG